CUGCGACUGGCAGAAACCGAACGUCGUCGUUUCGAUCUCCUUUGAAGUUCCGAGGCAAAAGCUAAACGACGUCGGGUAGUAGCAGCACCUGGAGUAAGAGCCAUGGCGUCGAAAGCAGGGAUUAGGGUUCCAGAGAUGGAGAAGAUGAGCAUAGAGCACCUCAAGGCCCUCAAGGAGCAGACAGAUCUCGAGGUCAAUCUCCUCCAGGACAGCCUCAACAACAUCCGCACCGCCACCUCCCGCCUCGAAAUCGCCUCCGCCGCCCUCAACGACCUCUCUCUCCGCCCUCAAGGGAAGAAGAUGUUGGUGCCUCUCACGGCGUCUCUUUAUGUGCCUGGAAAGCUCGAUGACGCCGAUAAAGUGCUGGUCGAUGUUGGCACUGGAUAUUUCAUUGAGAAAACAAUGGCUGAAGGCAAAGAUUAUUGUGAGCGUAAGAUCAACUUGCUGAAGUCUAAUUAUGACCAACUUGUUGAGGUGGCAACUAAAAAGAAAAGCAUAGCAGAUGAAGCUGGGGUAAUUUUACAAGCAAAGCUGAAGCAGCUAGGUGCAGCAACAUAGGGAAUUCAUAAUCCCGGUAGUAUUUAAUUGAAUUUCAAAUCCUUUUGAUAUGGAACUGGUAUGUGAAACUACAAAACAGGCAAUCUUAUUUCAUUUUCCUUUGUUCAUGUUUUGUAUUUUUGAUGGAAAAAUCGGCCAGAACCAUUCAAUUUCUUCCUGUUUCAUAUUUGAUGUCAACGAGUGAGUUUGUAGCUU